ACCCGCCCACGGCCCAUCGCCCCCCCGACGCGCUUCCUCCGCCGAACAAGCACGCAUUUGCCCGGAUCGCUCGCUUCCGCCGCCGCCGCCGCUGCGAUGGAGAAGGAGAAGAAGCUCUCGUUCUCCAUCUCCUCCUCCAAGCAGCGGCCGCCCAAGCCUCCCUCACGCCCCGCGGCCGCCGCGGACGACGAUGACGCCGGCCCCCGCUCCGCGUCCGCCCCGGCCCAGCAGUUCGUCACCGAGUUCGACCCGUCCCAAACCCUAGCCGCCUCCGGUGCGCCGCGCGCCGUCAUCGCGCCGCUCCCCAACUCCGGCAACUUCCUCACCCACCGCCCCCGCAAGCCGUCCUCGCUCCCCACCCCCGAGGAGGAGGCCGCCCUCGCCGCGGAAUCCGGCGGCGGGGGGGCCUCGUUCGUGCUCGACACCUCCAACGCCCCCGACGACCCAUCAUCCAACAUCCCCUACGGCCUCACCCUCCGCAACGGCGCCACCGAGGCCGCCGCUGCCAAGGAAUCGGAGAAGGCGUCACCACCGGCACCGCCUCCGGCUCCUCCAGCCGCAGCUGAUGCCGCCCCGGCCGGCGAUCUCAUGCUACGGCGGUACAAGGAGGACAUGGCUAGCCUUCCAGACCACCGUGGCAUCGACGAGUUCAACGAGAUGCCUGUGGAGGGAUUCGGCGCGGCGCUCCUGGCUGGAUACGGCUGGACAGAGGGUAAGGGCAUUGGUAGGAACAAUAAAACGGGGGAUACCAAGGUUAUUGAGUACGACCGCCGUGCUGGUACUCAGGGGUUAGGCUACAACCCGUCCGAGGCUGACCCUCGCAAGACUCGCUCUGGCGACUGGAUUGUUGGCGAGAAGAAGGCAUCGGAGAAUGGGUCUGCGAAGAAGAGGGACAGAGAUAGUAGAGAUAGGGUGGAUGAUAGUGAUUCUAGUGCCCGGAAGAAGAGAUCAGGUGAGCAAAGGGCUGAGAAGGAGGCCCGUGGAAAGGAGAGGAAUGGACGAGAUAGCCGAGAAGGCACAAGUAAUGGCAAUGAUACUCGUAGCAAGGCCAUCCGGUGGUUACAGAGCCAUAUCAGGGUUCGCGUAGUUAGCGAGAAGUUGAGUAAGAGGCUGUACUUGAUGAAGGGUAAGGUCGUGGAUGUAGUGGGACCAACAACAUGUGACAUUAUGAUGGAUGAUGGAUCACUGGUGCAGGGGGUGGAACAGGAUAUGCUUGAAACAGUACUUCCACGGACAAACGGGCGAGUGCUCGUGCUCUAUGGGAAGCAGAAGGGUAUGUAUGGGCACCUGGUUGAGAAGAAUUCUGAAGAGGAGAUUGGACUGGUGGAGGAUGCAGAUACAAAAGAUAUAGUGCGAAUUAGAUAUGACCAGAUGGCAGAAUACACUGGAGACCCAGAGCUGCUUGGCUACUGAUUAAUUUAUUUUUGAGCAAAUAUUUGCUUACGAGGAGCUCCUCCACUGUGUUAGCUAUUACAACUCAGUGACACCUAUUGCCAUCCUGAAAGUGUGAACUUUCUGUGGAUCUGACCUGAUUCUUCACCUCCUGGCUUCUUUGGCCCCUUUGUCUUGUUGCAGAGCAGAGAAUAUAUGUAACAAACUGUAUUUCAAUCCUUGCAAAAUUUCCGUUGCCGUUCUCUCUCUUCUGCGGUAUUGAGAUGUCAAGUUAUGAUCCUAUUCCUACGUGCUGCUAACUAAGUUACGAUUUUACAUGGUUCAUACAUGAUAUAAGCACAUCGAAGGUAUGAAAUUUUAUACUCUUUUGUAGCUGUUGCAUUUGUUUCAGGGCGUACAAGAUGGUAUAGGCAUUGUCUUAAUGGUUAAUGCUGUCACCACGGAGUUGCAUGCAAGGAAGGAAUGCAGGUGGUAUCCUGCUGAAUGCCAGGUGCUGAUUAAUUUUUUGUUGCCAAACCUGGAGGCCCAAACUUGUACGCGAAACGGUCUCUCGGUGCUGGCUAGGCAGAUAUCGUAUCGAACGAAUUAACCUGCCAAAAUGGCCAGCCCACGGCCCAUUUUGUGUAGGUUCGAUCGAUCGGUUGCCUCGUUCCUCUCUUUGUUCGGAUUGUCGGGGCUCACGCGCCGGCGCCAGCGCCAGCGCGCCCUCCCUCUCUCUGUUAGACUGUCACUCUCCUGUUUCACUGUGCAUUUCAAUAUCCAACUCCGGUCCUCGCAAAAACUAACCCUGCUUUCUUCUGAAUAGAGAAUCGUUCGUUGGGUCCGUCUCGUCAUGCAUGGCGUUGAGAGCGACGGACGGAUGUCAACUUCAACUAUACCUGGCGCCCCCGCAUACCUAAUUCCUACGGUUGCGAGCUAAUCAUGUUCCUCCUAGCUCGCUCAACGCACUUGCUUUGCGGCGCAGUUGAGGCCUGAGAGGGCAAGCUCAUAAAGUCAUAAUGUUGGUGGUCGGUUAGUAGCUGCCAAUAACCCCAACAUUCAAGCUUGUUCCCUCUGUGUUUUGUGCUGCGUGGUGAUACCAAUCUGGUUGUUAAUGACACGGACGGAAACGAGCAACAGAAAAGAUGUACCACCUGCUAAUCAGUUUCAGUGCAAUGAUUUAGAAGUGUUUGUGCUAGU